AGUUUAGGGUGAUGUUUGUCUAUACAUUUCAAAAGAAAACGACGGCUAAGCAUGCAGUUUAGGAAGUCAUUGACAGUUGACUACAGUUAUCAUCUGGCAGCUAUGUUUGUGUUAGUUUGUUUAGUUGCGGAGUUAGCUCUUACACAAGCGUUAGACCUUAGCAGUCAGCUGGGGGAGCAUGACUCCUUUUCGUUUGUCCAGAGCAAGGAUGACUAUACCAUUGGCAAAGCUAUCGUUAAGUCAUCAGAAAUUGACUAUGGUGAUGAUUCCAGUUCGGAGAGGGAGUUCAAGAUGCCGGCUACAAAUACCCAGGAAUUGCUUUUAGAGUGUUCAGACAACGCCAUGAAGGUGGUACUUCCCGCUGGUUCACUCAAUGCGAUUAGGAUGCUAGGCUCAAGCUAUACAGACUCUGUACUCGAAAAUCCAAAGUUAUGUGGAUAUACGCUGACAAAGACACAAGAAAAGAACACCCUUAGUGUCAAUUUUACAGGCUGUCCUGUGACAAUGGAGAGAAAUCGUUAUACCAUCAGGCUGAUGUAUGUCACAGAUGACGGCAGAGUCAAAGUCAAUACUGUGUCCUGUCCUGCUCAUCAGUAUUUAAACUUGACAAGGCCGCAGUCUGAUGGCCCUCGUGAAAAGCCUACCAGCAAGUGUGGAAGCACUACUGUUGCUCCCAUAACCAAACCCACUCCGAUACCUAAUCCAUUGCCUGGGGGCUGCAGUAUUCCAAAAGAGAAGCAGAUUGAGUGUGCCUCUGGAAUAUCUGCCUCUGAGUGUCGAUUGAAGGGCUGCUGUGUGGACCCUGCAACUCUUAAAUGCUACUAUCGUAUUAAUGAGUGCACGUUGGACAAACACUUUGUUUUUGAAAUCAGCCGUGAUUCGUUCAGUGUACCAGUGAGUCCUACUUCGCUAGUAAUUGCUGGUGAUCCUAAUUGCAAACCUGUGGUUGCCAACAGCAACUUUGCCCUUUUCAAGUUUCCAGUCACUGAGUGUGGAACCCGAAUGUAUGAAAGUGGGGAGAAUCGUGUGUACCUGGCUGAAGUGCAAAUGGUCAUAAGGGCACUCCAACUGAAAUAUGGAAUUAUCAGCAGAGACAAUCCUGUCAGGAUCAUGGUGGAAUGUCGUUAUCCUCAGCGUCACCAGAUGACUCAUGCCAGUGCUGGGUUUCUCGUGAUGAGCCCACGACUCCCAUCUACCGUCACUUGAGGGCUUGUAUGGUGUACAGCUUCGAAUAGCUGAAGGUGCCCUAAUGCCUUGGAUUCUGGCUCCACCUCAAUCAUGAGUGAUCUACCACAGAAUCGCCACACACGUCACUUCAUGGUCAAGCUGGUUUUCCAGUUCAUGGAUCAAACGACCAAUACGUUUCUGAAUGAGGAGGUUGGACCUAUUGACUUGUGCAUUUACCAUAAGUUUUUUUUUACUAGAGAGGAAGUUACUCUUAAUCACUCUCCUCCGAUCUAUUUCAUGUGCAGAGCUGAAGUGUGUUUGCCUUCGGUGUCUACCUGCAAAGAGACUUGCUUUGAUACAAAGGUAUGCCUUGAAAGAUUUCCUUUUCAAUUUGUGCUUAAAUGUGUUGUCUAAAACUUCUUCUUGUGCCCUGAGGUUUCUCCUUAACAAGAGGGACUGCUCUAGUCAUUCAAUUCUGAAUAAAUGUUAUUGCUUUAAUUGUGUAGCUUGCUUAUUGUUGCUGGCUCAAGUGUCAAUAUUUGUCUUAUGAUGUGUAACUUGGUUUGAUCCAUUAAUAAUCAGACCAUACUACAACCUCUAGUCUAAAUGUUAUAUUUUGUAUUAAAGUAAAUCUGGUGACUGUUAGUGGUUGACCGAUAUGGGUUUUUCAAUGGCCUAUAUUUAGAGAACAGGGCGACCGCUGGGCGACGUGUUUUUUUUUUUUUUUUUUUUUGCAUCUGAUAAAAUACAAAAAUGUAAUUAGUGACAGAUAAAACUGCUGAACUUAGAUUAACAUUUAUUUUAACAAUGUUAUUGUCUGUUUUGCCUAUGUAGAUCUGCACUCUAAUUAUUAAAAAGA